GGACCUACAAGGCGAAGGACUUCAACCUGAUCCAACAAAUUUGCGGAAAUUCGAUAGAAUUGCAUUAUCUUCAUCUGUACCUGUUAGUUACUCUGUGCUUAUAUAGAGUAACUAUCACCACUCUCCUUUUCGUUGAUAGCGCAAUCAACAUCCCGACAUUCCGAUAUAUUCCAUCCAUUAAAAAUUUAGAAAUUCGGAAAGUCGAGCGAACCCCUCCAUCAUGGCUGCCGAACCGCCGACGAAGAAGAAAUGUCUUGGGAAAGAUUGUGAGAACGAUGCUUCCGCCCUCCAAUGUCCUACGUGUCUGAAAAUUGGCAUCAAGGAUAGCAACUUUUGUUCUCAAGAUUGCUUCAAGAAGAAUUGGAAUAACCACAAAAUACUGCAUCAACUUGCACAAGGCACAAAAGGCAAGACCGCAACCGCAACCGGUGUUUUCAACCCAUUCCCUUCCUUUGCAUAUACUGGCUCAAUGCGCCCUGUCUACCCGCUGUCCGGCAGGCGUCCAGUUCCGAAAUCGAUACCUCAUCCUGACUAUGCCGAGACCGGCUACCCUAAGAGCGAACGACUCAUUAACAGGAACAAGAUCGACAUUCUCGAUGCCAAGGGUCAGGAGGCUAUGCGAAAGGUUUGCAGGUUAGGCCGAGAAGUCCUAGAUAUAGUGGCAGCAGAAGUUAGACCUGGUGUUACUACUGAUUACCUCGACGAAAUCUGCCACAAAGCUUCUAUAGAACGAGAGUGUUAUCCCUCGCCCUUAAACUACAACAAUUUCCCCAAGUCCUUUUGUACAUCAGUCAACGAAAUCAUCUGUCACGGUAUUCCAGACCAACGAGUACUGUUAGACGGCGAUAUCAUCAACCUAGACGUCUCAUUAUACCACGGAGGCUAUCACGCGGAUUUAAACGAGACGUAUUAUGUAGGCGAUAAGGCUAAGGCGGAUCCCGACUCCGUUAGAGUAGUCGAAGCUGCUAGAGAAUGUCUGGACGAAGCCGCCAAGCUCAUUAAACCAGGAACCUUGAUACGAGACUUCGGCAAUAUUAUCGAAAAGCACGCCAAAUCGAAGAAUUGCAGUGUCAUCAGGACGUACUGCGGCCACGGAGUUAACAGUCUAUUCCAUUGCCCGCCUAACGUGCCGCAUUACGGAAGGAAUAAGGCUGUAGGUGAAUGCAAGCCGGGUAUGACAUUCACCAUCGAGCCUAUGAUCGCGCUGGGAAAAUACCGGGAUGUUACCUGGCCUGAUAACUGGACAAGUGCUACGAUUGACGGUAAACGAACUGCUCAGUUUGAGCAUACUUACCUAGUAACCGAAACCGGAGUGGAGGUAUUGACAGCGCGAACGGAGACUUCACCGGGAGGACCUAUACCGAUGCCUGUCGUCGAGAAUGAGACGAAUGGCAACUGAGAGGCCAACCUAGAUACUCUUAUAUGAGACUUGUGAUUCUACAAGCAAGCGAUGCAUACCACAGGAUCAGGGUUAGGCGUAAUACAUUCGUAGUAAUCUUUAGAGAACAGAUAACGGUGAAAGAUAGCUCGUUUGUACGUGAUGGAGCACUCUGAAUUUUAUACAUUUAUUUGAUUAAUAUUCGAUGAGAAUAAGUAUGGUGGAGUAUUAGUAUUGGAUGACUUUUCAACUUCUCAACUUCUCAACUUUUUAACUUCUCCCCCUUUUACAUAUCGGUCGACUCAACUGGUCCCAACCUUCCUGGC